AUGGCUGCAAAAUUCCCGCCUCCUCCAGUCGACACCAUCGUCAACGGCCACAUUGAAUCGCACUUCAGCUAUUCGAACGGCGGAACAUGGUCGGAACCCAAAUUCGUCGCCUCCCCCCAUCUCCAGAUCCACGGCAUGGCCCCCGCGCUCAACUACGGCCAACAAGCCUACGAAGGCAUGAAAGCAUUCCGCUCCGCCGGCAAUAAGGCCAUCACAAUCUUCCGGCCAAACCGCAAUGCGGGCCGUAUGCAGCGCUCAGCCGAUUUCGUCUCCAUCCCGCGUGUCCCCGAGGACCAUUUCUUGAAGUGCGUCAACCUGGCCGUCGGCGCGAAUGCAGAGUUCGUCCCUCCGCACGAAACCGGCGCCGCCAUGUAUAUUCGUCCCUUGAUUUUGGGCUCGAGUGCCCAGCUAGGCCUGAACCCGCCGGACGAAUACACUUUUGCCGUGUUCGUGAUGCCAACGGGCGUUUAUCAUGGUGUGCAUGCCGUCGACGCCCUGAUUCUUGAGGACUUUGACCGCGCCGCCCCCGAGGGCACUGGCUCAGCCAAAGUCGGCGGCAACUAUGCCCCCGUGCUGCGUCACUCGCAAAAGGCCUACACCGAGAAUUACGGUAUUACAUUGCACCUCGACAGCAAGACACGCACCGAGAUUGACGAAUUCUCAACCUCGGCCUUUAUCGGAGUCCGCAAGGAUCCUGUCUCUAAAAAAGUCACCAUCGUCGUCCCCGAUAGCAAAAACGUCAUUGACUCUGUCACCGCGGCGUCCGUGUACGAAAUCGCCGAAAAGGUGUUUGGAUACGAAGUCGAGAAACGCCGCAUUCCGUACGAGGAAUUGCCCGAGUUCGACGAGGUGUUUGCUGCGGGUACUGCUGCGGCUUUGGUGCCUAUCAAGUCGAUCACAAUGAAGUCGAGGAAUGAUAAGUUUACUUAUAAUGUUGGGGGUGCGGAGGAGAGUGGUGGGGAGGUUUGUGCGCAGGUGUUGAAGGUGUUGAAGGGCAUUCAGAAUGGCGUUGAGGAGGAUCGCUUUGGGUGGAACUUCGUCGUUACGGAGCCACCAAAGGGGCUUGUGAGUGGGCAGCAGGACGUGAAUGGGACAAAUGUUCCGUAA